ACACGUCUGCUCUGUGCUGCAAUGGAAUUUUACCUGCGUCAGCUUAUGGACAGGGCCGCAGCACCAGGCGGAGAAGAAUGGAUGAAACUUUGCCUUUCUCUGGCUCCUCCAUCCUCGGUUUUGCAGGAAGCUGAUGAGGCAGUGUGCUCAGCAUCUAUGUCCCUUCCUGCUACAGCUCCGCCCCCGGUUCCCGGGUUAUUCCUUCCUCAUGUAGAUCGAGGUGACAGGCAGGUUGAUCUGCCUAUGGGUGUGAAUGAGGUUGGACUUGCUGCGUCAUCGGCCCUCCCUCCUCCAGAAGUGAAUGACGAUGUGCAGGUUAAUGCAAAUACUGUUGCUGGCAGAACUGGCAGGUCGGUUUACAAGAGGACACAGAAGCUGCGCAGAUGUUAUUCUCCAUCACCUCCAAAGAACACUAAAAAGGGUCGCUCUGAUAACACUUUAACUGUUUCAGCACCAGCACAAUGUCCUAUUCCUGUGGUGACAAGUGAUACUGCUCCCACACAAAGAGGUGAGUCUCUCGACUCGGCUGCUUUAUCUGAUAUCAUUUCUAACUUUUCUUUAGUGUCUGGGCAAUUGCAGCAAUUACUGUCUAGAACUUCAUUGCCUGCUAUGGAUGUUUCGCACGCUUGGUCUAACCAGCAAUCUGCCCAAUCUACAUGUGUGCCUAGCCAGGUAAUGCAGGUGGAACCGAUUGCUAAUGUGCAUGAAAUUGCUAAUGUUCCUGAAAGUUGUUUUAGGGAGGCUAUGGCGUGUGAGUUGUCCCCGCUGGGUUUUCAUUUAUCUGCUAAUGUCAAAGCUAAGAUUUGGAAGGGGGAUUAUAUGGAUAUUUUGUCCCUUUUACCAGCUGCAGAAGACAGACCUCUGAGGAGGGAUCAAGAAAAGGUUGUAGAUGAUAAGCGUAAGAUUGUGCCUAGAUCCUUCAAUAACUGGCUUCAGGCCUUCUGUAUUUACGCUAGUGUGAUGGGCGAAAAACAUCCUGAGAUUUGUUAUAAAAUGUUUCAUCAUGUGGAAAUCAUAUUGGAAGCGUAUAAAAAUUUUCCAGGCUUGGCUUGGUUUACUUAUGAUGAAUCUUUUCGUCAAAAACUAGCCGUUCAUGGAUCGUUACGAUGGGGAACAAAAGACGUCGGAUUGUGGCUCAAUUUGUUGUUGCCUCAGAGACCGAUGGUUAGAUCCCCUCCGGUACAGACUGGGCCUUUUCGCAAGGGCCUUUGCUUUAGCUUCAAUGAGGGCCAAUGUAAGUGGCCGCAUACGUGCCGUUUUAGACAUGAAUGUUCUAAUUGUUCGGGAGUACACCCGGCUUCUAGAUGUUUCAAAAAGGUGGCGUUGACCCCGCAGCCUCAGCCUAAGGAUACUUUUCGUAAAAGCAGUAACCCCGGUGAAGUUGGUAGAAAUGUUACCUUAUCUACGCAUUUGGCCGCGUCGUCAGGAGGCGGACUUAUUAAUUAAGGGCUUUUCGUUGGGUUUUUUACUUCCAUCUUUUUCUGGAGUGGGUUGUUCGGUUGUGAAUAAUUUACCCUCUGUUAGCAGGUUUAAAGAGGUAGUUAGGAAAAAGAUAGAGAAGGAAGUACGGGCUGGCAGGGUUGCGGGUCCUUUCAAGGACCCCCCUUUUGUCAAUUUCAGGAUAUCUCCAUUAGGCAUUAUUCCUAAGAAGGAUACUAAGAGUUUUAGACUGAUUCAUCAUUUGUCAUUUCCUGCUGGCUCUUCUUUAAAUGAUGAUAUUGAUCCUGAAGUCUGUACGGUAUCUUACAGUUCGUUUGACGAUGCUAUUUCUUUGGUUCGUUCGGUUGGUGGUUCGGUUUUUUUGGCUAAGGCUGACAUUAAAUCGGCAUUUCGGUUGUUACCCAUCCACCCGUCUGCUUUUGAUUCGCUUGGCUUUUAUUUUGAUGGUAAUUUUUAUUUCGAUCGUUGCCUCCCGAUGGGCUGUUCUAUGUCUUGUUGCUAUUUUGAGACUUUCUCGUCAUUUUUGGAAUGGUCGGUUUCGCAUGUCACGGGUUCUCUUAAUUUGGUGCAUUAUUUAGAUGAUUAUCUUUUUAUCGGGGCUUCUUCUGCAGAUUGUUUGUUUUUGUUUACAAUGUUUAGGAUGCUUUGCAGGAAAUUUGGAGUGCCUCUAGCGGAAGAGAAAUCGGUCUGGCCUACGAAAUCGUUGGAGUUCCUAGGUGUUACGAUUGAUGCUGAGAGAAUGGAAUUUCGUUUGCCUCCUGAUAAGGUGUGUCGUAUGCGCUUUUUGGUUUCUUUUGUCUUGAGCAAAAAGAAGGUUACACUGCGUACAUUACAGGCUCUGUUGGGUCUGUUGGCCUUUGCGACCAGAGUCAUAGCUGUUGGGAGGGUUUUUUCGAAGAGGUUGUACAGAGCGUUGGCAGGAUUGAAGGACCCUCGGCAUUUUGUCAGGAUUUCCUCAGAAUUAAGAGAUGAUUUGAAGGUUUGGGAUUGUUUUUUGUUACAUUUUAACGGUUGUUGUUUUUGGCAGUCUCCAUUUUGUGAUGCUUCGGCACUCUCUCUGUUGACAGAUGCUUCGGGAUCUUAUGGUUAUGGUGUAUACUGGGAUGGACAUUGGUCAGCUGCUCCUUGGCCGGCGGGUUGGAUGGAGAGGGGUUUGACUUCCAAUAUUGUAUUUUUGGAAAUCUUUCCCAUCUUGGUGGCUCUGGAAUUGUGGGGUGACAGUUUUCGUAAUAUGAGAUUGCUUUUUCAUUCGGACAACAAGGGUGUGGUUUUUUCCAUCAAUUGUAUGUCUUCCAAGUCUCCACCUGUGGUUGCUGUUCUUCGGCACAUUGUUUUUAAAUGUCUCCUUUUGAAUGUUUGGAUUAAGGCUAAAUAUAUACCUG